GAACCCUGGUCGUGGCAACCAUCGGACCUGAGCUAGAUGAGAUGGAAGAGACAGCCAAGACGCUAACGUACGCACAGCAGAUGAUGACCAGCCUCACUGUUCGAACUUCCAACGUUGGUCUGAAUCGCAUUGAUCAAGAUCAGAGCUCCCUGAUGCAGAUGCGAGACAGGCACAACCAGUGCAUUCAAAUGCUGAAGGAGAAGGUGAGUGAUUCCAGGGAAGAGGAGCAGGAGGAGCGCCGCAGGCUCCAGCACGAGAUGAAUGAGAUCAACCAGCGGCUUCUAACUAAAGACUCAGCCGAAAAGACCCUGGAGGAAAUGCGACAGCAGCAGUUCACCAAGAUGGAUGCCAUGAGAACAGAGAUCUCAGAGGCCAUGAACAGCCAGAUGGAGCUUUUGCGAAAGCAAUCCGCGGUCGAGUUGGAAAGCCUUCGAGCCAGCGUUGAGAGGUCCCAGCAGGAGUCCGAGCGCGUGAAGAAAGAAGCAGAGGCCUUCGGCAUUUGCCCUGCAAGGCUACUCUCCAAGACGCUCAACAAGCACGGCGAGCAGCUGAAGAAGAGGAGCUGCGGAAAGAGCGGGCCGAAUUUGAUGAGGAGAGGAAGCAGUUGA